GGAACAAACCUCCAAGCUCUAAUAAACGCCCUAAACACACCCCGCCUCCCAUCCUCCCAAAUCGUCCUAGUCCUCUCAAACCGCAAAGCAGCAUACGGACUAACCCGCGCCUCCCUCGCCAUACCCUCAAUCCCAACAACCUACCUAGCCCUCCAACCCUACCUCUCCCGCAACCCCUCAAAAUCCCGCUCAGACUACGAUGCCGAAAUCGCACGCAUCGUCCUGAGCGCGUCUCCCGACUUGGUAGUGUUAGCGGGGUGGAUGCACAUUCUCAGCGAGAGUUUCCUAGAUCUGAUGGGUCCAGAGAUACCGAUUAUAAACCUCCACCCUGCGCUCCCCGGUGCAUUUGACGGCGCUAAUGCUAUUGAACGGGCUUUUGAGGCUUGGAAGAGGGGUGAGAUUACGAGGUCGGGGUGUAUGGUCCAUCGGGUGGUCAAAGAGGUGGAUAAAGGGGAGCCGAUCAUCGUUAGGGAGGUAGAGUUCAAAGAAGGUGAGAGCAUUGAGGAGUUUGAAGAGAGGUUGCAUGCUGUUGAGCAUGAGAUUAUCGUGGAGGGUGCUAAAAAGGUGUUGGAGGAGUGCUGA